AUGCUUCCCACCAUUACCGUCGGCUCGCCCCUGGCGGAGGCGAUUGCGAAUGUCAUCCCGCCGAAACUGGUCGAGUUCGGCUGGAGUGAAGAUGGAAAUGAUCCGGCCUUGAUCGAAUAUGUCGUCCUGAUGCUUGCCAACGGCAAGUCACAGGAGCAGAUCGCCACCGAACUUUCCAACGACCUUCUCGGCCUCGAGGAAGGCGACACUCAAGCCCUCGAGUUCUCGAAAUGGCUGUUCGGCCAAGUUGACCUGCUCAACCAGCAAAUCAACGGUGUCAGUGAGCCUGUGCAGGCGAUUCCUUCCAUGGGCCAGGAGUCAGUCAUGCAAGAGGCGAAUGGACAGGAUGCAGAUAUGGUCGAUGGUGCAACCGACGCGAUGUGA